AUGCGUGCGUCUAAUUUCCUCGUCAGCGCGCUCGCCGCCGCCGGUCUGGCCUCGGCAUCCUGCAAGCCGUCCAACUGCGAAGCCACGAACGGCGUCGCGUUUGGGUGCCCGACCGUCGACAAGGCCUACGUCCGCGAUGCGUUCUUCCUCGGCGGGCGCACGGUGGCGCUGUCGGACGGCAACUACACGGUCGACCAGCUGUUCGUCGAGAAGCUGACGCCGGUCCGGGGCGUCACGCAGCCCAAGCCGCUCGUCUUCCUCCACGGCGGCGGCAUCUCGGGGGCGACGUGGCUCAACACGCCCGACGGGCGGCAGGGGUGGGCGUCGUACUUUGUGGACCAGGGGUUCCAGGUGUAUCUCGUCGACAUUGUGGCCGUCGGGCGGUCGGCCAACGCCGACACGACGACGUUCCCCAUGACGCCGGGCACGAGCAUUGAGAUUCUCGAGGAGGGCUUCUCGGCGGUCGAGCGGUUCAACACCGCAACUGCUUCCGCCGGGUCGAGCCGGCGCGGCAGCUGCCCAAGGUGGCGAGCGUGCCGUAAAAAAAAAAAGACGGGCGAGGCGAGCGUGCACAUCACGUACGACCACUGCAUCAUCGACUACCUCAAGCAGGUCGGCGGCAAGCCCGAGUGGAUCAAGCUCGAGGACCUCGCCAUCAGGGGCAACGGCCACUUUCUGCACCAGGAGCGCAACAGCGAGGAGAUUGCCGACGUGGUGCUGCAGUGGAUCAACAAGGCCGACGGCAAGGGCAAGGCGACACGGUGA